AUGCACAAACCUGCAGUACCAGUCGUUGAAUGUGCUUUGCAGUUUAGACGAUAUUUGAAAGCUACAUCACUGAUACCUCCUAACAAAUCUGAGUUUUUGUCUUGUUUGGGAAAUGUAUUAAAAGAAGAGGGGAAGUGCAGGACUUCACUUAUGUCCAUAGUUAGUGGUCAAAACACUGGCCUAAAAUAUGUGGAAUCAGUAAUACAAAAAAAUUGCGUCCUCUUGUUCUCAUUCUCACAUGCAUAUACACCCAUUAAAGAUCAAAGUGGGGGAAGAGAAAUUACAUUCUCUGAGUUGUAUCAGAGUUUAGUACUUUUUGAAAACUCAAUUAAUUGGUCUAAUUUACCAGCAUUUGUUCUACCUGUUUUUCUUUCCAUUAGGUGUGAAAGGAAAUUGAAAUCGGUUCAUACUCUCCAUUGA